AGAGUAUUUUCUGAUAACCUAUGUAAAUGAUAAGUCGCACAUAAAAAGAAUUUUUGCAUUUUAAUUUUUCACUUUUAUCCGCGACGCCCCUUGGUCGUGGCCCCAGCGUUCAAUAAUGGCCCUUAAUAACGCACUUUCGUCAGUUCGAAAUGGAUCAUCAGUAUUAAAUUUUGUAAGAUCCUACUCCAAAUCGGCGACGUCAACAAAACUGUUCAUCGAUGGCAAAUUUCAAGAUUCCCAAACAACACAAUGGAUCGACGUUUACGAUCCCGCAACAAACAACGUCGUCACACGAGUUCCCCAAAGUACGAAAGCCGAAAUGGACGCUGCCCUAGAAUCGUCGAAAAAUGCCUACAAAACCUGGAAAAAUACGACAAUCUUGACUAGACAGCAAAUCUUAUUCAAAUUACAGGCGCUCAUUCGUAGAGAUAUGAAGAAACUAGCGGCUAGUAUUACCCAGGAACAAGGAAAAACUUUGGGGGAUGCCGAGGGUGAUGUAGUCCGAGGACUGCAGGUUGUCGAGCACAGUUGUGGAGCAGCAUCGCUGCUUUUGGGAGAGACUUUACAAAAUAUCGCCAAAGAUAUGGACUGCACAUCCUACAAGCUGCCAUUGGGAGUAACCGCCGGCAUUUGUCCCUUCAACUUUCCGGCAAUGAUUCCCUUAUGGAUGUUUCCCACGGCACUCGUAACCGGAAAUACGUCAAUCAUCAAGCCGUCCGAGAAGACACCUGGAGCGACCAUGCUACUGAUGGAGCUCUUAAACGAAGCGGGCUGUCCGCCCGGUGUUGUUAAUGUAAUCCAUGGCGCACAUGACGCAGUUAAUUUUAUUUGCGACAGUCCGGAUAUUCGAGCCAUUAGCUUCGUCGGUUCAGACACCGCUGGUCAGUACAUUUACAAGCGCGGUUGUGCAAAUGGCAAACGAGUACAGUCGAACAUGGGUGCGAAAAACCACGCAGUUGUGUUACCCGAUGCCAAUAAAGAAACGACAAUUGACCAAAUAUGUGGCGCGGCAUUUGGGGCAGCCGGUCAGAGAUGUAUGGCAAUAAGUGUCGCUAUCUUAGUUGGUGAAUCGCGAAAUUGGAUUCCCGAUAUUGUAGCGAAAGCAAUGAAAUUGAAAGUCAAUGCUGGACACGAACCAGGAACUGAUGUUGGUCCAGUUAUUUCAACUGCUGCGAAGCAAAGGAUUUUACAUUUGGUCGAGAACGGUAUUAAACAGGGCGCCAAAUGCGAAUUGGAUGGUCGAGGUGUGGUGGUUGAGAAGUAUCCCAACGGAAACUUCGUAGGUCCCACUGUCCUAACAAAUAUUAACACAAACAACGAUUGCUACAAAGAAGAAUUGUUCGGUCCCGUACUAAGCAUUAUGACUGUCGAUACCAUGGACGAAGCUAUAAAUAUUAUAAACGGUAACAAGUAUGGUAACGGAACUGCUAUAUUCACAACGAACGGGUGUCACGCCAGACAAUUUGUUAACGAAAUAGACGUCGGCCAAGUUGGCGUUAAUGUACCAAUUCCUGUUCCACUACCAAUGUUUAGCUUCACGGGAUCCAGAGGAAGCCACUGGGGCGACUUGCACUUCUACGGCAAACAAGGAAUUAAUUUCUAUACACAAACUAAAACGGUAACAUCAAUGUGGAGAAAGGGACAAUCGGUCGCGGCAAAUGGAUCAGCUUCAAUGCCCGUACACACGUAACCAGCAAAGUUGGCAUCUGAUCGAUCAAAAAUAAUUUAAACAAAAGAAAUAAACAAAAUUGUGACUUUUA